AUGUCCGUCCUGGCGCUGGUCUCCGCCGUGGCGGGGUUCGUGAAGAUCCGCUACUUGGUCGAGAAGGCUGUGAUCGACAACAUCAUCUUCCGGUGCCACUACAGGGUGACCACUGCCAUCCUCUUCCUCUGCUGCAUCCUGGUCACUGCUAACAACCUCAUAGGUGAUCCCAUAUCUUGCAUCACGGAUGGAGGCGUCCCUGGCCACGUGAUCAACACCUUCUGCUGGAUCACGUACACAUUCACCCUCCCAGGGUACAACGGCAGGGUGGGAUUGGACGUCGCCCACCCCGGGGUACUAAACCCCGAGCCCGACCAGGAGCGCAGGUACCACGCCUAUUACCAGUGGGUUCCCUUCAUGCUCUUCUUCCAGGGAGUUCUGUUCUAUGUACCACACUGGAUAUGGAAGAACUGGGAGGAAGGAAAAGUUCGCCACCUGACAGAUGGACUGCGAGGAGCCAGCCUUGCCAUCGGUAGAGACAAGGAAGCACGACUCAGCCGAGUGAUUCAGUACCUCAUCGAUACCCUCCAUCGACACAACGUCUAUGCGUCAGGCUACUAUCUUUGUGAAAUCUUCAACUUUAUCAAUGUUAUUGGAAACAUGUUCCUGAUCGACGCAUUCCUCGGAGGAGCCUUCAUGACCUACGGUACCGAGGUGAUCAAGUUCUCUGGACAGAACCAGGAGCAGCGAACUGACCCGAUGGUCGAGAUCUUCCCGAGGGUCACUAAAUGUACAUUCCACAAAUAUGGUCCCUCUGGAUCUCUGCAGACUCACGACGCCCUCUGUAUUCUUGCCCUCAACAUUCUCAAUGAGAAAAUUUACAUUUUCUUAUGGUUCUGGUUCAUCUUGCUGGCAGUGGCUAGCGGACUGGCCCUCGUCUAUUCCACGGCUCUUGUUCUUCUACCUUCGAUUCGCGAAACUAUUCUCAUCAGGAGAUUCCGUUUCGGUUCGCCAGCCGGAGUAUCAGCACUCAUUAGAAAAACUCAGGUGGGCGAUUUCCUCCUGCUCCACCUGCUCGGACAGAACAUGAACCUGAUGGUCUUCGGGGAGCUGCUGGACGAACUGUCCCGUAAGUUGCACCUGAGCAACAACCUCCCGACGGCACCGUCUACAAUGGAGCUCUCUCCCAUUUAUCCAUCUGCUAAGCUCAGAAUGCAUAAGGAGACUGAAGCUUAG